AUGCUCGUCAAAAAAGCUGCGGUUGUUUCCCUCAUCCCAGCUGCCUCUCUUGCAGCUACUAGCUCUCAAACUGAAAUCACUAUUGAUCUGCAAUCCCGGUACCAGUCCGUGGACGGCUUCGGCUGCUCACAGGCCUUCCAACGGGCAGAGGAUAUCUUCGGGAAAUAUGGCUUGUCACCAAAGAAUCAAAGCUAUGUUCUCGACCUCAUGUUUAGUCGAGAACGCGGCGCAGGCUUCACCAUAUUGCGCAACGGUAUCGGGUCGAGUAACACGUCGACGAGCAAUUUAAUGAACUCCAUUGAACCUUUUAGCCCCGGUGGUCCCAGUAAACCGCCUCAUUACACAUGGGACUUUUAUAACAGUGGCCAAUUCCCUCUGUCGUUGGAGGCCAGAGCGCGAGGUCUUCCCUAUAUCUAUGCCGACGCGUGGUCCGCACCUGGGUAUAUGAAAACAAACCAGGACGAAAACUGGAAUGGUUAUCUCUGCGGAAUUGAAGGCGAGUCAUGCCCCUCCGGGGAUUGGAGACAGGCCUACGCCAACUAUUUGGUGCAGUACGUCAAAUUCUAUGCAGAAUCCGGAGUCAAAGUCACACACUUGGGAUUCUUGAACGAGCCUCAGGAAGUCGUUUCCUAUGCAAGUAUGGGUUCGAACGGUACUCAGGCCGCUGAAUUUAUCAAAAUUUUGGGUCAGACCCUCGAGCGGGAAGGCAUCGAUAUAGAACUCACAUGUUGUGAUAGCGUGGGCUGGAAGGAGCAGGAGGAUAUGAUUCCUGGCUUGCAAGUCAUUGGUUCCGAUGGCAAGAGUGCCGAAGAUUAUCUUUCAAUCGUUACUGGCCACGGCUACUCUUCAGCUCCAACAUUCCCCCUCUCGACCAAACGACGCACUUGGCUAACCGAGUGGACGGAUCUGUCAGGAGCUUAUACUCCAUACACUUUCUUUGCUGACGGUGGUGCAGGUGAAGGUAUGACCUGGGCGAAUAACGUCCAGACUGCCUUCGUGAAUGCCAACGUGAGCGGGUUUGUCUACUGGAUUGGCGCCGAGAACUCGACGACGAACUCUGGCAUGAUCAACCUGAUUGAUGACAAGGUCAUCCCUUCCAAACGUUUCUGGUCAUUGGCUUCAUUCAGCAAGUUUGUCCGGCCCAAUGCAGUACGUGUUGGAGCCGUUAGCACCAACCCCUCGGUUACUGUAAUCAACAACGGGAGUUCGGAUGCUUCCUUAACGAUCAAUCUGGGAAAGACGAACAGAGUAGCCAGGACUGUCACACCAUGGGUCACCAGCAAUGAUUACGAUUUGGAGCCAAUGAGCCCGAUCAACGUUAAGGGAGGAUCGUUUUUGGCCACCGUACCCUCCAGAUCUUUGACGAGCUUCGUCACUGAGUGCGGGUGAUGAUCUUGUAAUUGUAGUUCCGUUACUCGACAGCUAGAAAAGAAAUAGUGAUGGGGCCUUUGCCCUCCGUUUCA